AUGGCCUCACCUCAGGAGUUUGCCGGCAUUGGCACUGGACCACAGAAGAAAUCCAGUGCUGCGACAGAAAAGCGAAAGCUCCGCAAUCGACUUUCCCAGCAAGCAUUUCGCGCCCGGCAGAAUCUGGAGAUCAACGAGCUCAAGCAGCGGCUGGCUCUCUUCUCCGGUUCAGAGAGCGACCGCAACAGCAGACUAGUGGAGGAAAAUCGAAGACUAAGACAGCUACUAUGGCAGUCCGAGAAGAAGCUUCGAAGUCUUCAAGCCACCCUCAAGGGCAUCAUUGAUACCAUGGUGGAGAGCAGGGAGAACAACUUUGUAAGUCCUGGAGUUGGUCCUCAAGCACAUCGCGUUUCUGGCCCAGCCCGUGCCAUUCCGGGCCUUCUUUCUGAUCCUAACAAAAUUCUUACGAAGGACACACACACCAGCGGACUCGACGACGAUGACGAAGGGGUGGAUUCGUGGACAACCGAACUGAACAUGCCUUCUGUCCACGCCGACAUCGAACCACUGUCAGCGCCUCUCGACACCAUAUCAAACCCAAUUGCACGCCCUGCUUCGGGCUCUGUGGCUUCUUCAUCCAGCGAAAUGUCUACCACAGAAAUGUAUGCGGCAGAGCCUCAAGCGGUGAUUUCGUCCAACGACGAGUCCUUGGGAGAGGACGUCGACUGGGAUGUCGGUCAGGGAACCUUAGCAUUAUCGACGACACCGUCGAUACGGCACAAUCCUCCAACCUCGGUUACAUUCCCUAUCUAUCGCAACCUGCAGGUGAUGGCGCGUUCCAACUACUCGGAACAUAUUCAUGCGUAUGAGAUGUGCGCCGUGACUGGCUACUUGGGCCACAGACGCAACCCUGAUAUAAGCAGUCUCAACCGAAUGGUGUCAAGCCUCGUGUCCGCCUUCAUCAAGAUCGCCUGGGGCGGCAUGGAGUCCUGGAUCCAAUGGACCAACGGCAAGGAGACGCUCGCCAAACUCGCGGCGUGGCGCAUAUCGCCGGGCCCUGAAACAUUCGCGGCCAUCCCGCCCUCGAUGCAGCCGACCCCGCUGCAGACGGCGGUGCCUCAUCCGCCCGUCAUCGACUGGUGUGUCUUCUCCUUUCUGAGGGACAAGCUGAUCCAGUAUCAUUGCUCGGACCCGGCCCUGGACGAGAUCUGCGGCGACAUCGGCCUCGCGUACGUCGUGCAGGCGGACCUGUCCGAGUUCGUGCUCGGCGCGGAGCCCCUGGUGGUCUACUUCAACAUCCACGACAUCAUCUCCGGCAUGGAGACGAACCCGACGUGGCUGAGCGACAACACCGCCGCCUCCGCCGCCUCCACUAGCACCGCCCUCAUCGGCCCCAAGCUCGAAGUCAAGCUGCCCGCCCCGGACCUCUACACCCUGCUGCACACCAGGGAGUACGCGCAUGAGAUGUACCGCCGCCUCAAGAUCGGCCGGGGCGUCGAAGAGUACCUGCUCGACCCCAGCCUGUUCGUCAAGUACCCGCACCUCUACGAGCCGAGUCUCAAGAUCGCCCAGGGCGUGCCGCUGCGGUCACGCAACAAUGUCUAUUGGCCUGCCCCGCGGCCCCUGGACGACGUCGCGAUGAGCUGGUACCGCAGAUGUGCGUCUUAUCAGGAUGGUCAGGCGGCGGCGGCGGCAGCAGCAGCAGCAGCAGCAGCAGCUUCUUAUCGACAGGUUCUGGAGUAGGCUGAAAGGACAUCUGGUUCUUUGCUCUGAUAAACAACAUUUUCUGUCUCUCUCUGGCAAAACGAUGCAAAACGAUGGGGGAUCAUCCAGGGGUGAAACGACAAAAUCUGCACGAGCGUGUCUAUCGCCAAUCUCUCCUCAUCGCCCGCACAAAAUCUCUCACAUUCGGAACAAGGGCAUCUAAAAGUGAACAAGAA